AGAUGACGUAUUCUUAAGGCGACGAGCACUGAGGAAGUACCGGCCUCCCUCUGAGAUCCCUGAAGGUCCUUACCGGAACAGAGCCCGGCCAACGGCCAGCGGUGAGGAGGCCAGGGACCCCCCCAGGCUGGUGAAGUGUUGGGCCGAAGGAAGACUCGAGGUGCUGUUUAGUGUCAGGAGACCCACAGCUGGUUUCCUGAAGGAACCCAGAGACCAUGUCGUGGAUAAGGGAAGGAGAGCUUACACUCUUAGAGCGGUUCUGUGCCAACAUCAUUAAGGCAGGCCCGAUGCCCAAGCACAUUGCAUUCAUCAUGGAUGGGAACCGCCGCUACGCCCAGAAGUGCCAGGUGGAACGCCAGGAGGGCCAUACGCAGGGCUUCAAUAAAUUGGCUGAGACCCUGCGCUGGUGUUUGAACCUGGGCAUCCGAGAGGUGACUGUCUAUGCCUUCAGCAUUGAGAACUUCAAACGCUCAAAGAAUGAGGUGGAUGGGCUAAUGGAGCUGGCCAGGCAGAAAUUUAGUCGAUUGAUGGAAGAACAGAAGAAGCUGGAGAAGCAUGGGGUGUGUAUCCGAGUCCUGGGUGAUCUUCAGCUAUUGCCCCUCGACCUCCAGGAGCUGAUUGCAAAAGCUGUUCAGGCCACCCGAAACUACAACAAGUGCUUCCUGAAUGUCUGCUUUGCCUACACAUCUCGACAUGAAAUCAGCAAUGCUGUGAAAGAAAUGGCAUGGGGAGUAGAGCAAGGUUUACUGGAUCCCAGUGACGUGUCAGAGUCUCUCCUCGAUAAGUGUCUCUACACCAACAACUCCCCCAAUCCUGACAUCCUCAUACGGACUUCUGGGGAAGUGAGGUUGAGUGAUUUCCUGCUCUGGCAGACAUCUCAUUCUUGCCUGGUGUUCCAACCCAUUCUCUGGCCAGAAUACUCCUUCUGGAACCUCUGUGAAGCCAUCUUGCAGUUCCAGAUGAACCACAGCAUGUUACAGAAGGCCAGAGAGGCGUAUGUGGAGGAACGGAAGAGGCAGCAGCUGGAGAGUGACCAGGCCGCAGUGACAGAGCAGCUGCUCCAGGAGGGCUGUGGGCCUGGCAGGGACAGCCAGCUUCGGCGCAUUCUCUUGCACAAACGCGCAUCAGGACGGGAGGAACGUGUGCAGGGCUUCCUGCAGGCCCUGGAGCACAAACGAGAAGAGUGGCUGGCACGCCUGGGCACGGCAUCAGCGUGAAAGGGCAGGUGGCCCGCUUGUGUUCCUGCUCGCUGGCCACAGGCCUGAUCCACGAUUCCUGAGAAGAAUCAACUUGGGUUUUGAUAAUGAGAUUUGCUCUAAUCCUGGGAACAGGUGCGGUGGGGAUUGGGCCUUUCUGCCUAGCUAGAUUCUUUGUCAAUUGAUGCCCUCUGUCCAACCCCCACAAAGGGGUUGGUUAGGGAUGACAGAAGGUGAAUGUCUUCCUUGUGGCACCCUGUAGCUCUCUCAGUACCCAUGGGCAACUUGGGGAGCAUCAGGUUCUAAAGUGAACCUGUUCCUUCAGACCUGUCACCUCCUGAGCUGCUGGUGGCCAGGUUUCCUUAUCUUCCAACACACAUCAUCUCUCCCCUCGGUAUGGGGCUUUUUAAUAUAAGGUUGUUUGGGUGUAGAGCACUUCCUCAGCCCAGAAAGUACUACUAACUACCGUGUUGGCACAGCCUCCCACCCCACGACCUCCACGCCUCCAUUUCCCUCACAACAGGUUUUCGUUCACUUUGGAUUUGACAGAAAGCUGGGAAGUGUUUUGGGGCUGGGGGUAAAGACAGAAGGGAAGGCUAGCCAUCUGCUUCCCCUCAUGAGCAUUUCCACCUGGCCUUGCUAUUUCUUCCCCCCACUCCUGGCAUGUCAGGCAGCUCUGAUUGCUCUGAUGAAAACCUGGGCUUCUCCAGUGGUAGAACUAGGCCUGUGAUGACAAUCCAAUUACCUAUUGUUGACUCAGCCCAUACAUGCUUUUCUCAGGCAGGGUCAUGGGGCCAGCCUCUCUUCUCUGCCAGAGCAGGUCCUCUUAACUUGGCUAACUGAGAAGAACCAGCGUGUCUGUUUGGCUGGGACACUUCUUCCCUGAUGGCUGAUGCCCUCCUCCCGUGGCCCUGGCUGGGACAGUAGUGGCCCUCUUGAUAAGCAGAUCUCGGGUCUGACCCAUCUUGGAAAAGCUCCAGGUGGUAGCAGCUCUUCUGCUUUUGGCCUUAGUAGAGUGGACCCCACAGUAUGAACCAGAGGGAAGGGUCAUGGGCUGUGUCCUUCCUUUCUCUCUCCUUGCCUCCCAAGACGCAAAAGCUGCUCAGAGGAUUAGCAGCUUGGCCCCUUUGCGGCUUUGGAAGGGGCUCUCUUCUUGAGCUCCUCUACUUCAGGGGCUUGGGAUAGCAGCAAAAGCUGUACGCCUGUAAUCCCAUCUGAUGCCAGAUACUCUUGUCGCUUCUUUGAGUUUUCCAGAUCAUUUCCUCCAGGCCUAUCAAAGAGUGCCUUUUUUCCAGUUAACUUGGCCCUCAAGUAUCUUUAUUAUUGUCAUUGCUGCUUUUGGAAUGAGGCAUUUCCCCCAGAAAUAUUAAGGCUACUAGCCCUUACUUUCCCCCCUUGGGAUGAUUCCCGCCCCCUACACUUAGUGUUAGCACAGGGUUCCCAGAGAGCAGGUGCUAUGUAUUUCCCAGCUUUAAAAUGGGGCUGUUGACAGCUUAAAUUAGGGAGCCAUGAAUUAUAAUGCUAUAAUUUGGAGCCCUACAAUUAAGAGGGAACAAGGGGCUGGAGGCAAUGAAUAGAAUUGGCCUGUAGAUGAGCUUGAGUGACAUGAAGGACGAAGUGGUCCUGUUUCUCGACCUGCCUACAUCGGCCAAGAUUAACUUGGGUUGCACGGAGGGAUGGCCCAGGUGAUUAAUGGGGCUGGCAUCCUUAAUUGGCCAUCAGUCUUUGGGUUCUGGGAAAGGUGUGUGGGGUGGAGCAGGGAGGAGUUACACCCCAGGGCACCUUUGGGAUAUAGCACUGAGCUUGGAGGAAGUGAGACCGAAGUUCCAGGCUGGAGCAGGAGCUGCAAAACACAGGUGGUUUGAAUUUGUACUGUUGUGGCUACACUUUAGUUGCAAGGAAAUGUUGAUCUCUACCUUCACCCCUUUACCAAACUCUAGAUUUCGAAAUCAGGUGGUAUCUAAUUUAAAUAACCCUCCCUGUAAUGUAGCUUCACCCUUCUCUACCCCCAUUUAUUCAUCUGUGGUCUCCCAAGCGUCAAAUCCAUUAAAAAGGAGUAUCUGCCUCA